GCGCCCGCUGUUCAGCUUCCGGUUCCGCUCGGAGGUGUCACCCGAAGCGGACGCGUGCGCUGCGGCAGCGGGUGUCAUGGCGGGUCCGUGGUGGAUCCGCUGUCGGAGCUUGGGCACAAACUGUACGAGGGCGGGUGUGAUAGAAACCCUGCGGCGUGCGAGCGGCAGGUCUGCGGCUCUCUGCGCGUCCUCCCCGGGGCCGGCGUGCUGGAGCUCCGGGCUCGGGAGCGAGGCACAGCCGUCGUCAUCCACACAGACAAACCUGAAAAUAUUCAACUUUACCUCAUCUCUGAACAGACACAAGUCACGGUUGCUGUGUCCCACACUACAUCUGUGCUGCAGCAGAACGAUACACAGCGACGCAAAGGUCAAGGACCCGUUCACGUUAGCCCAGAAAGACCUGACGAGUUUAUAUGACGAUAUCAAGAAGGAGCUGUUUGUGUCUAAAGAAGAGCUGAAGUUUCUAUGUGAUUACUACUUCGAUGGAAAAGGAAAAGCAAUCCGACCCAUGAUUGUAGUUCUGAUGGCGCGGGCUCUCAACAUCCACAGCGACCGAGCAGGAGAUCUGCUCCCGGGGCAGAGGGCCAUCGCCAUGAUCUCAGAAAUGAUUCACACUGCCAGUCUGGUGCACGACGACGUCAUAGACGGGUCAGAUAAGCGCCGUGGAAAGGGAACGAUCAAUGAUGUGUGGGGUGAAAGAAAGGCGAUCUUGGCUGGAGAUUUCAUCCUCUCAGCCGCCUCCAUGGCGUUGGCUCGUAUUGGUAACAUCACUGUGGUUAAAGUUCUGUCGCAAGUCAUAGAAGACUUGGUCAGAGGGGAGUUCAUGCAGCUGGGCUCCAAAGAGAACGAGAACGAGCGAUUCAAGCACUACCUCGAGAAAACUUUCAAGAAGACGGCGAGUCUCAUUGCAAACAGUUGUAAAGCAGUUUCCAUUCUGGUAAACCCUGAUCCUGAAGUUCAUGAAAUCGCCUUCCAGUUCGGCAAGAAUGUCGGCAUCGCAUUUCAGCUCGUGGACGACGUGUUGGACUUCACAUCAGGAGCCAGUCAGCUGGGGAAACCUUCAGCCGCAGAUCUCAAACUGGGUUUAGCCACUGGACCAGUUCUGUUCGCCUGUCAGCAGUUUCCUGAGCUUCAUGCGAUGAUCAUGAGACGGUUCAGCUCUGAUGGAGAUGUAGAUCGAGCCUGGAAAUACGUCCUUCAGAGUGACGGCGUGGAACAGACCAACUUCCUGGCCCGGCGCUACGGUCAAGAAGCCAUCAGACACGUCCGUAUGCUCCGGCCGUCCCCAGAGAGAGACGCCCUCAUCAGGCUCACUGAGAUGGUGCUCACCAGAGACAAAUGAACCUCCUGUGCCCGGGGCUUCACUUCAGGCAGCUACCUGCGGAAAAGCAAACUCACCCCCACCCCCGUGAGUCUGCACAGGCUGGGACGAAGACGGCAAGAGAGAGAGAAAGAGAGAAGCGAUGGACAUUUGGUUCAGAGGGACCCCUGCUGCUGGUUUUUGUGCCAAAUGAAAAUGGCAGUGAGCUCGAUUGUGUCCGAGCAGUUGAUCAGAAUCACGGGAUCAGAACGGCACUCGGGGGUCUUGUCUGAACUGACACCUGUCGUUUCAUGACUCGACAUAAACUCUGAUAAUAUACACACGAGGGUGAGUCACCUCGUAAUGCUUUGUCAUAUAAAUACACACGUGCACAUCCUUUAGAUUUCAGGUGGAAUCAAAGAGAUGGUUUUGAAAUUAAGCUGAAAGCAACACUAUGUAACUGACUGAAGUACAGCGCCCCCUGCAGCCACACACGAUAAAGUGUUUUUAACUGAUCUCCAGUUCAGCUUUACUCUUCAACCUGCUGGACCUGAUUCUGACAAUUGAAGUCAUUUCCACACUCCUCACAGGGAAACGUACUCACUCACCACGGUUACAUAGAACAGACGUCCAGGGUGAGUUGAGCGAAUGAAAGAGGAAAAAUUCAAAAAAUUUGAAACAUCAAAUUCCUUCUGAAGCUGCUGUUUUAAGGUAAAGUUUCAUAGUGUUGCUUUAAAUCACCGGAUGCCACCGCAUCACAGUACUGUACCUGCGGCCGCCUCCCACGCCUCAGUGUGGGGUUGCUGCAGAUUCUGUUUAAUUCUGUUUAAUUCCAAAUAAGAUGCAUAAUCGUCAGCGGGAGUUCGUCCGGAUCCGUCCGCACCGUGAAGGCCAAACAGUCACAUCUGGUUUUUUUGACUUAAGUGUUCUGAGGAAACUUCUGUAAAGCAAAGUGCCGUUUUCCAACCCAGGCCUUAACAUCUGGAACGACCGUGUGCUCAAUAAAAACCAACAGUUUUUGUUUUUUAUUUAA